AUGGUUCCAGCGAAGAUUAAAAGAAGUUUCUAUAGAGAUUUUUCAGGAUACGUCAACGUCUGUGCGGCGGUGUGUCUGCUUUUGUUGGUCGGUGGUUUGUCACCGAGGUCGUCGGCGGCGCCACAUCGAAACCGAGCUAGCAUGGAGCGACAACGACGUGCUGCGGAUGAGGAGAAUGGAUUAUGGGCGAACCCCUGCGAUUACAGCGAUAGUUCGGCAGAUCAAACAACCUACUCACCAACUCACGUAAUUGCGUUGAAGCUCGCUAAGCAAGCUCUCUUUGCUUACAAUAAGGCGUACAAUUACAGCGAAAAAUUUGCAAAACUCCACACUUUUCCAAAUUUUUCUGCUCAACUUCUACGUAAUUGGGAGACACAAGAUUGGCUCAGGAAGACUUACGCAGAUGCUCUGCCAAAGGAGAAAGUCUUCAAUAAAAAGAUGCCAGACGAAUAUAUUGAAGAAGUAAUAGCUAAUAUCGACCAAAAACUGCCCUCUAUGUAUAUGGGCCUGAAAAUGGUAGUGGCGGGUUUGUACACUUUCUCUCAAGAGGGAUUAAAUUACAACGUAGCAAAUGACGACGUCUUGAAGGAAAAUAUAACUCGGACUAUGCACGAUGUGCGAGCGGUGCUUUGCUAUUUUAAUGAAAUAAUGAACGCUCGCAACCUUGAAAUCAGGCCUCUUCUUGACAAAGAUGUGCCAAGUUUCACCAAUGACAACAGUUUCGGCUUGCUCUUGUAUCGAGACACUCUCAAUUACAUGGAUUAUCUCGAACAAGUGUUCUCAAAGCUCGCUGAAAAAGGAUCUAAAGUUUGA